AUAUGGACAUCAUAUUCCGCACUACCAAGGCAAACUCUUCAAUUGUAGCAUAGCUAUAAAUUGAACAGCUCUGCUGUGGGAAAUUUUCAAGUUUCCUUCACCAAAGCAACCUCCCAAGCUAGUAAGAACAUGCAGCUCCCGUCAUUCUUGUUGGCACUCACUGCCGCCCCUAUACUAGCUUCUUCAUACCACUUCAACCCCCUUGAACACUCUGCCGGCAUCGCACCUUACUUUACACCUCACGAUCCUCCUCUUCAAUCCUCCCCUCCACAGGGCUGCAAUGUCACUCGAGCUGCUUAUCUCAUCCGUCAUGCCGCCAUUUACGCCAACGACUUUGACUAUGAGACCUAUCUUGAACCGCUGGUGAAGAAGCUGCAAAAUACCUCGCAGGACUGGUCUUCCACAAAGACACUCAAGUUUUUGUCCAAUUGGAGUGCACCGAUUGACCAAGAACACGUGGAGAAGCUUACUCGCGUUGGACUGCAAGAGGCUCGGUCGCUGGGAGCCAGUGUUCGUCAAAGAUACAAAGAUCUCAAGACACCGGAGAGGAUAUGGUCCUCGACUGCGGAUCGGACGGCGAAGAGCGCGCAGGCGUUUAUCACUGGCUUUACGGAUAAUCACACGGGUCUCAUCAACUUGACCCAAAUCCAAGAAAGUAGGAAGGCGGGAGCCGACUCAUUGACUCCGUACAAAAGCUGCGAGGCAUACAGUUCUUCUUAUGGCAGCGAUCAGUCUUCGGCGUUCGGCAAAAUCUACACAAAGCCGAUCAUCGCCCGGCUUAGUGCCGAAGCACCUCACUUCAAUUUCACUCAAGAUGAUAUCACCGGGAUGUUCGAGCUAUGCGGUUACGAAACCGUCAUCCGCGGCUCUUCACCUUUCUGCUCUCCCACUCUGUUCAGCUCAGAUGAGUGGCUGGGAUUCGAGUACGCAAAUGACUUGAUGUACUUCCAUAACACGGGGUAUGGUCGGGAUCUUUCUCCCGUCCUCGGAUUCCCAUGGGUCAAUGCCAGCGUUGCGGCGUUGGAUGACAAGUCCUCCUCACAAGAGCUUUACUUUUCCUUCACCCAUCGCGAAGUCCCGCCAACUGUCAUUGCCGCGCUGGGCCUAUAUAACAAUAGCGCCCACACGGGAGUGAAUCAAGUCAAUGAGACAAUGCCCAACAAUACCAUCAACUACAAUCGUGCAUGGAAGAGUAGUGAGAUUCUUUCAUUCCUCACCAACAUUGCUAUUGAGAAGAUGUCUUGUCAGAGCUAUGGCUAUGAGGAAGGAGAGUAUUAUCGAGUACUGAAUAACGCUAGUCCCCAGCCAUUGGUGGGAUGUCGGGAUGGGCCUGGUGGAAGUUGUUCCAAGGACAAGUUCCACGAUUUCGUCGAAGAAAGAGGGGGCUCAUUUGGUGACUACAACAAGGCUUGCGAGGUCAAUGAUCUCCCAUCAUCGUUGUCCAUUUAUGCGGAAUGAGUUUGAUUAAGACCGAACCAAAGGAAGAAAGAGAGCGAGUACGAUUGAUACACUUGAAGGACAAGGAGAAUUUUUUGGCGUCCUAGAGGCUUUUGGAAUCUUCAAAAACUCUCAAAAUAAUACAAAUGACCCACAGAUGUUACAUUAAUCGUGAGAUGGUGCCGAGCACAUGAAGGGAGAAGACGAAGAUUUGCUGGAAGAGUCCAUCUAAAGAUAGAAAGCUAAAGCACGG